AUGGAAGUCCCAAACUUAAACCAAGAACUUGUGACAAACCUUUUACUCGAUCAUAUUCCAAAUAUUUUUCAUCGCUAUAUCAGACGUUUAAAUAAUGUCAAAGGUGAUGGAAACUGUGGAUUCCGGUCAGUUGCCGUCGGCCUUGGUCUCGAUGGAAAUAUGUGGCUUGUAAUUCGACAAGAGUUGUUACAAGAGUUAAGGUAUCACGAGCAAGAUUACACGGAUAUAUUGACUUCUAUAGGCUUUAAUUACAUUUGGAAGACCGUGGAUUUUUCGGGAACUGGUUUUGCCCCAAUGGAUAAAUGGAUGUCUAUGCCAGAUACAGGGUUAGUUAUCGCUUCAUUUUAUAGGAGACCGGUUGUAUUCAUAUCCAUGGUAGGUAGUUCUACAUGCUUUCCGCUUUGGUCCGAUCCACAUGAGUCAGAAUCAACUGGUCCCAUAGUUGUUGCACGUGUGGGGGGGAGUCAUUUCAUUAAUCUAUUGCUACGAGAAAGUUGCCCAAUACCGUCAACUCACCCACAAUGGAGGAGGUAUAGGAUUGAUAGGGCAUCUACAUGGGAAGACAUGUAUUCAAGUCGACAAAUUUAA